AUGGCCGACGCAACAGCAGCCGUGCCGCUGCUACACUCGCGGCAAAGCUCAUAUGACUCGACAUCAAACAAAACAACAUCACAUCACGAUAGCGAAACCGCGGGAGAUAUCCACCCCAGUCGCGAUGUAGAAGACGACGUCCUCCCCGAGACAUCCGCCAUCGGCCGCAACCUCUCCUGGCAAAGCGCCUACGUCCUCGUGAUAUCCCGCGUCGUCGGCAGUGGUAUCUUUGCAACGCCCGGUACGAUCGUGCAAUCCGUCGGAAGUGCCGGACUAUCUCUGUCGCUUUGGCUCGUCGGCGCCUUUAUCGCAGCCUGUGGUCUCGCCGUGUCUCUCGAGUUUGGCUGCAUGCUGCCCCGGUCGGGAGGCGAUAAGGUCUACCUCGAGUUUGCAUACCGACGACCGCGGUUGCUCGCUUCGACGCUGUUUGCUAUCCAGUAUGCACUGUUUGCUCUUGGCGUUGAAGAGGCGAGUGAUGUGCUUCGCAAGAGUCUUGCCGUGGGAUUACUCACAUCUGUGUGUGUUAUUCACAGCGUGUUCCCCAAGGCUGGAAUAAAGAUACAAGACGUUCUAGGUUGGGUCAAGAUCGGUAUCAUAGUAGUCAUGAUCCUCUCGGGCUUCUACGUUGUUAUCUUUCGCCCAGAUACAAGCGCUGCUCCGACUGGGCAACUUGCGUGGGAGCAUCUAUGGGAAGACAGCAGCUGGAGCUGGGGCGCCAUUGCAACGAGUCUCUUCAAAGUCUUCUACUCCUUCGCGGGUCUCGAUAACGCCGCGAAUGUCAUGAACGAGGUCAAGCAUCCGGUGCGGACGCUCAGAUCUGUCGCGUUGACAGCCCUGGCUACAGCGUGCGGUAUGUACUUGCUCGUCAACGUGGCAUACUUCUUGGUCGUGCCGAUUGAGGAGAUCAGAGGUAGUGGGGAACUCAUUGCUGCUCUCUUCUUUGAGCGAUUGUUUGGAGAGAACUUUGGGCGAAUUGUUCUUCCUACUGCUGUGGCGUUGUCGGCGGUUGGGAAUGUCAUGGUUGUUGCUUUCGCUAUGGCACGUACAAAGCAAGAGAUUGCGCGACAAGGUUUCAUUCCAUACUCUUCCGUCCUGUCCUCAUCCAAACCAUUCAAUUCACCGAUGGGCGGUUUCGUCAUACACUACAUCCCAUCAUUUCUCGUCAUGGUCCUCCCACCGUCAAACACCAUCUACUCAUUAAUUUUAGAAAUUGACGGCUACGCGGCGCAACUGAUCGGCCUAGCCGUAGCGAUUGGUCUUGUUAAACUUCGCUCGCAGCGUCCAGACCUCAAGCGACCGUUCAAGGCGUGGAUCCCCGCUGUGGGCGUGAGGAUCAUCAUGAGCUGCGCCUUGAUAGCUGCUCCAUUCUUCCGACCGCCGGAUUACCAAGGGGAGAUGUUUUACGCGACUUAUGCAGUCUUUUCGUGGGUUAUUGGCAUAGUUGGGGUGGUUUACUGGUGGGUGUGGACAAUUGGUGUGCCGCGUUGGCGAGGGACGAGGUUGGAAGAGGAGACGGAUGUGCUGGAUGAUGGAACGACGAUCACGAGACUGAGAUAUAGAUCAUAG